AUUCCGACUUUUCCCUAAUUUCUCAAUUUUUCCUGACCGCUAACAAUGCCUGUUUUUUUUUCCAAAAAACUGUAAUUCUAGCACACGGUUGAUCUUUCCUCUUUUCCUUUUCACUUUGGAAAGAAAAAGAAAAAUAAACCACGCAAGAAGUGCCUUAGAGGAUGUAGGGAAAAAAAACAAACCUAUAGAUACUCAUCAGUUAGAUAAUUUACUACACAUCCGAAAGCGAAACAACCGGCUCUAUGAGUAUCAAUAAAAAAUCCCAUAAAAAUCCAAAUUUCAAAAAGUUUAAAAAAAGUAAAUUCCCUGAAAAUUUCAGGAUUUCCUGGUUUUUUUGUGGUAAAUACCCUGCAGGACGUAAUUAGGUUGAGAUGGUAAUAAAAAUAAAAAAAGACAACACGAGGCACUAUUUCAUUUUUCCGCGGCUAUUGUCCGCGACGGGUUUCUGCCUUCUUUUCGGCUAUUUUUGAAUCGCUUCAACUUCUCUUCGCUACGCUUCGCGCUUCGUCGCUUUUAUAUUUAAAACCGUGCAGGAGGACAAGAGUCCCUCGCCUCGUAGGACUGGUCGUCGUGUGUCGUUGCGUUGUCCAAGCAUUGUUCGGGAGCAGUAGAUAAACUGUCACAGCGAUAUUCCUUCCUCUUUCCUGUUAUCUGCGGAGGCGGGACACGAAGCAGGAAGCAGAAAAAUAAUAAUAUCGCCGCUCCAAUAGUUUUGUUGUACGGAUUCUCAGAUAUUCACGUUCACGAGCUCAGUAUCGGCAGUAUAGCGGCGCAACCAUAAUCUCCAGCGGUGUUCUUCAGCAAUUCGCACGAAAGUGACAUAAAUUACCUCAAGUGAAUCGUAUAUGUAACGAAAUAGGAGACAAAAUGCAUCCGUCGUACAAAAUACUAGCAGUCGACAUGUUAGCAUCGAAUGACGACAAAAAUUCAAUGGUUUAUCCGGGAUUGAAAGCCGGUUUUUAUUUCUUCUUAAAAAAGCUUCUUCUGCUGAUGCAGAAACAGAUCACGGUGAUAGAGUCGGUCGCGGCAUUAGCGACGAUUUGCGUUGUCUCAUUGUUAAUACUGGCGAAUUUAGCGCAAACCUCGCACACGGAGACAAACAUAGAGCCGGCCACAUCGCUGAAGUAUACAUCGCCGAAAUACACGCCUGUUGCACGCGCCGUCGUGUCUGGAAUGAUGCCGCGAGCAUCGAUGUCACGGGACCAGAUGGAAAACGUUAGGCGCGAGUUGGAAAAAAGAAGGCGAUGGCUGGCACACGUGUGUGAAACAAUCAAUAUGAAGAGAUCGCAACUGGACACCACGCUGACAAAUAUGAUUAUCGAUACGGAGCACAACGUGUCAUGGUGCCCUAUAUACAAGGCGGCGAGUUCCACGUGGAUGAAUUACUUCGCCAUUCUGAAAGGCACCUUAACGGACAUUACUAUAGAUUUGGUACGUCGCAAUCCUACGCAGAUCAGCGAUAUUGUUAGACAAAAGUUUCGGCAAGACGAGGAUUUUAAUAAAACCUAUGCGAAAAUGAGUAAAACGAAGAAGUUCUUAAUUGUGCGUCAUCCGUUAGAGCGUCUCCUGUCCGCGUACAGGGACAAACUGGAGCACAUGCAGAACCGUGAAUAUUAUUACAAACGCUUCGGCCGUCGUAUCGUGCUCAAGUACCGACAAACCGGCAAUGCAACGACGAGAUUAGAACCGACGUUCGCCGAAUUUCUGCGAUUUAUAGUCAGCGAAAGGUACUUCGACGAACACUGGGUACCGUAUCAUUGCACUUGCAAACCCUGCACGCUCCACUAUGAUUACAUUCUGAAGUUCGAAACCCUGGACAGAGAUCAGAACUUUUUCAUCCAGGAUGCCAAUCUCAGUGGAUACCUGUACGAGAGAAAUUACCUACAAAAUAUUAAUCCCCUGGGCACGACCACCAGAAAAAUACUCGACGAGUACAUCAGAGAAAUACCACGAUCACUUCUCGACGAGAUUUACAAGAUUUACGAAAACGAUUAUAAAUUGUUCAAUUACACGUCUGUUUAAUAUCAUCAGUGUCUCUGUGUAUCGGUUAUAUUUACACGGGCAGCUGUUUUUAUGCGAUGUACUGACAGACAAAGAACUGUUAAAUCUUCACGAUAGCUUUGCUUUAAAUGUGAUGUAACAUAAGAACUUUUUAUAUUCUUUUCAUUUUUCGGAGAGAAAACAUUUUGUUGUUAAAACACGUGUUAAAUAUGUAUGACUAAAAAAUACAUACAUUUUUCUAUGUUUAA